GACAAAUCAAGACACAAAUUACUUCCUUCGUCACGUGACCGUAGAGAGAAAUGGCAUCAGUUCAGUGGAGAUGUCCAAGGAUUACAACCUGGACAUUGAUCUUGGUACCACCUGGUCCUUCAAGUUUGACGGAGACGAUUUUUUUGGUAUGUGUGUCUUGAUGGCAGAUAGCAAGUACUCAGCCGAUACGUUCACAGCUUUACCUAUUGCAGGCUGGGGGACGCGGUAUAUCGCUAUGACCUUGCAUGAAAAUCCCACAAUAAAUAUUGUCAAUGGUGACGAGGUCAACACCGUGACGCUGAAUAUUAAGAUCACGUGGUCAGAUGGGCCUAAAGAACUCAAAUGGAAUGACGUCAACUACAAAAAUGGGGACAAACUUGAGGUCAACCUCAGAAGAUGGGAAGGUUUUGUCUUUUCCUACUGUCCUCUUGACUACAAUCGACACGGGAGCUUUACGGGUAUUAAUAUCUAUAUUGAUACUAUAUUAUAG